CGAGACUCUGUAAGAUCGCGAGAUCACGGAGGUGAGGCACAACGUGGCGAUAAACACAAGAACAUGGAUUCCAGUGAUGAAGAUCACAAAACCGGAAUAAAAGAGGAGAAGCUGGAUCCUGAUUUACUCUACCAAGACCACGACAAGAGCGGAAUGAAAGAAGAGAACCAGGAUCCAGAUUUCGGGGAUCAGGGCCACUGCAGCAGUGAAAUGAAAGAAGAGAAGCAGGACCCGGAUUUUUUUGACCAGGACCACUGCAAAAGGGAAAUUAAAGAGGAAAACCAUGACCAGGAUUUUCUCUACCAUGACCAGCACAAGACCGGAAUAAUGGAGGAGAGCCAGGAUCAAGAUUUCCAGAGCAACGAGCCGGACCAGCGGAGCAACGAGCCCACCGAGAGGCACAAAGCAGGCUCGUCCUCUGAUCAACAGAAACGAAGAAGAAUGGGGCUCAAACGUCACCGCUGUCACCACUGUGAAAAGGCUUUCACAACAUCACGUUAUUUAAAGAUUCAUGAGAGAGUUCACACUGGCAAGAGCCCAUACAACUGUGACCAGUGCGGAAAAGCCUUUGCUCAGUCACAUGAACUGAAAAUCCAUUAUCGUGUUCAUACUAGAGAGAAACCAUACAAAUGUGACCAAUGUGGAAAAGCUUUCACUCAGUCAUGUAGCCUAAAAAUCCAUCAACGCAUUCAUUCUGGAGAGAAACCGUACAGCUGUAAGCUUUGUGGGAAGGCUUUUGGUCGUUUAUGUCACCUAAAAGCCCAUCAGAUUGUUCACACUGGAGAGAAACCAUAUUGGUGUGGCCAGUGCGGGAAAACGUUUACAACAUCGCGUUAUUUCAAGACUCAUGAGAGAGUUCAUGCUGGCAAGAGUCCAUACAACUGUGAGCAAUGUGGGAAAGCUUUUGUUCAGUUAAGUCACCUAAAAAUCCAUCAACGUAUUCACUCUGGAGAGAAACCGUACAGCUGCGAUCUAUGUGGAAGAGCUUUUGGUCGUUCGAGUCACCUAAAAGCCCAUCAAAUAGUUCACACUGGAGAGAAGCCAUAUUGGUGUGAUCAAUGUGGGAAAAGGUUCACAACAUCACGCUGUUUAAAGAAUCAUGAGAGAUUGCACGCUAGCAAGAGCACAUAUACCUGUGAUCAAUGUGGAAAAACCUUUGCUCAGUCAAGUGACCUAAAAACACAUCAGCGUGUUCACACUAGAGAGAAGCCGUACAACUGUGAUCAAUGCAGAAAAACUUUCACCCAAUCAAGCAGCCUAAAACUCCAUGAGCGCAUUCACUCUGGAGAGAAACCAUACAGCUGUGACCAAUGUGGAAAAGCCUUUGGUCGUGCAAGUCACUUAAAAGCCCAUCAGAUUGUUCACACUGGAGAGAAACCGUAUUGGUGUGAGCAGUGUGGGAAAGCUUUCACAGAGCUAGGGAGUCUAAAACUCCAUCAACGUGUUCACACUGGAGAGAGAACCUAUCGGUGCGAACAAUGUGGGGCAGCUUUCACCCGUUUAUGUAUCCUAAAAAUCCAUCAGCGUGUUCACACUGGAGAGAAACCAUACAACUGUGACCAGUGCGGAAAAGCUUUUGCUCAGUCAAGUCACCUAAUAAUCCAUCAGCGUGUUCACUCUGGGCAGAAGCCGUAUAGUUGUGACCAGUGCGGAAAAGCUUUUGCUCAGUCAAGUGAGCUAAAAACUCACCAACGUGUUCACACUGGUGAGAAACCAUAUGGGUGUGAACAAUGUGGUGCAGCUUUCACACAGUCUGGUAGUUUAAAAAUCCAUCAACGUAUUCACAGUGGAGAGAAACUGUAUUGUGAUUAAUGUGCUUUUCUUCAGUGAAGUGACCUAAAAAUCCAUCGUGUUCACACUGGAGAGAAACCGUAUUAGUAUGACUAAUAUGGGGAAACUUUCAGAGACUUGGUGAAACUAAAACUCCAUCAUUGUGUUUGCUCUGGUGAGAAACUGUACAGCUCUACCACUGUGGGAAAGUUUCCAUCACAUGAAGGGAAGUAAACUUUGAUCAGUACAUUCACACUGCAGAGAACAUGUAAAUUUGAGCCUGGAGUUUGUCUACAUGGAAUGGACUUACACUUGUAUAGCACAUUGAUGCACACACAAAGCGCUUUCACACUGUUAACCCAUUCACCCACCAGUGGGACAGCCACCAAGAGCAACUUGGGGUUUAUUGCACAUAGGUUUUUGCAACUUUUCUUGAAUGAAAAAUUGAGCUGUAAUAAGAAUAAAACAUCGUGUUAAAGAAGCCUUACUUUUUCCGUCUUUAUCUCACUCAAACAAAGCUCCAAAUAAAAGUGCUCCAGAGUUGUUUACAAAGCUCCAACUGUAAAUGAAGUGUGACAUUUGUACUUCUCCAAAUGUAAUAGAAACAGAAUGUCUUUUGCAUCAGUCCUAAUGAACAUGCAGUCCAUUUUAAUGUGUAUGUAGUUUUGAUUUGCUGUGUUUUGCCGUGAGUUUGAUACAUUGUACAAAUACAUGCAUUUCAAAUUGUAUUGCACUCAAUCAUUUGCCUUAAACAUUUGGUACUUGUGGGAAAAGGUUGAGACAUACUAUUAUGCUGCACAGAAGAAAGUUAAAUGUUGUGUAGAAUGUCAAAGUUGUUUUGAAAACUUUGUCAUUUGAAUAUUGAGAGAAAAUGGAAUAUGGAGAAAAACUGUAAAAAGAAAUAACAGUAGGGCUACGAGUGAUACCAGUUUGCAGAAUAUGCUUUACUUUCAUCUGUUUCCUGAUUCUCACUGUGUUUGUACUUGCUGUGAAUAUACUGCAGAGAUUAUACAAAGUAAUAUGAAUUCCUGCACACACAAGGAGAUGUCUAGUUCAUCAUCUAGUCGUGAACAGCUACUACUAAGUGAAGAUGAUCUAGACCUCCCUUGUGUGCAUGUCUGUAACUGUGUGCACUACAAUUAAUAAUGAUAAUUAAUAAAAUAAUGAUCCCGUUAAGGUUUUUUUUUAUACACAGUUCAUUGAUCAUGUGACAGUUAUCAUGUGACUGAUAUAUUUCCACAGAUACCAAACAUCAGUAGUGGAGAGAAAUACCUAAAUUCAAGUACUGAAGCUAAGUACAGUUUUGUAGUACUUUGAGUGUUUCCAUUUUACAUUUAUUUUACUCCACUACAAAUCGGAGAAAAAUAUUGUAAUUUUUAUAUUUAUCUGUCAGGUUCAGUUACUUUACUUAAUGAACAAAUAUAACAAACUAAUAUUAUCAUGGAUUAACCACCUUUCAGCACAUGAAGUGGUAUAAAUGUGAACAUAAAAUCAGCUCCACCAGCGUCAACACUGGUGAUGUUGAAACAUUAAUGCAUCAGUAAUUAUAAUGCGGUAAUACAUACCAUUCUGAAAUGGGGCAUUGUACAUUGUACUUGAAUUUGAUAGUACUUUUGUGGUCUUAUCCACCUCCACUAACUGCAUGGUAGUCACUGUUCAGAAAUAGCUGCCGCAUCCAGACCAGAGACCACCUUGCAAGAUUGCCCGUCUUUCUUUGGAUGUCUGUUGAGUCUAACAACAAUUGCCUCAAUCAAAUGGCAAGUUUGUAUAUUGAGCAAGUGAUAUUGCGGAGGCGAGGGCACUUCUUUUUUUCACACUGUCCACCUCAGACCUGAUCUGUUUCUGGGUGACCUAGACCAAGGGCGUAGGUUUGGUCUCAACACUGGCAUAACAGAGAAAGCCCAGCUCCAGAUCCCCCCGCCCCACCUCAUCUGUGUUACUUUAUGAACUGUAUUUAUUAUUUGGUUCUAAUGUAUUUUUGAGGGAAACUUUAAACUUGAUCUUAUGAAACCAACUUGUUCUGAUGUAAGUUUUUUUUUUUCCAGAAUAAACUCAUGACCAAAUACACUGAGUUACAAAGGUUGAACAUUUUGAGAAUAACUUUAAUGCUGAUGCCUCCCUAUAAUUCUAAACUAUGUAUAUUUUAUAAUUAGAGCCUCACCUGGAACACUGACGAAGUAGGCCUACCUGUUCUUCUCUCAUCAGCCUGCUCUGCUUCUCUUUCCUGAUGCUGUUGGAAUAAAGUUGUCCACAAAGGACAAGACGUGGUAUGGACACAAUGACACAUUGGAAUGAUCAAAUAUGACCUCACUCCAAAGAAAGAUAAUGCACACAGGUAGGGAUACUGUAUUUCUGUCCUCCCAAAAUAUUGGUAGGGACAUGCCGCUUCGCCCUUAUGGAAAACUACACCCUUGACCUAAUCCACCCAGUGUUAAGCUUAUCCUUGCGUUUGACAGCAAACACCAGUCACUGUCCACUGUUUGUGCUUGCCUUAAAAAUGGAUGCG